AUGAUAACCCGUGGGAAGAUUCGGUCCCUGAGGGAAGAAGCACCCUCAAAUUUAGCUACACUAUGUUACAAAGCUGUUGAGAAGCUUGUUAAUGCAGCAGAUACAGGAUGUUCAACACAGCAAGAGCAACAAAUAGUGCUGAAUGCUGUGCGGAUAUUGACAAGAGUGAUCCCCUACAUCUUCGAAGAUCCAGACUGGAGGGGCUUCUUUUGGUCAAGCCUUCCAGCUGGAGAGGAAGAUGGCCAUGGAGAGUCGAUGCCUUUAGCUCACAGUCUCAUUCACGCCCUAUGUGAUUUGCUAUUCUGCCCCGAUUUCACAGUGACAACAAAUAAGAAGUCUGGACCGGACAAACAUGAAGAUCUUCAGAGUAUCGACAGUUGUGAGUUCAUCUGGGAGGCUGGUGUGGGGUUUGCUCACUCUCCCCCUCAUGUGCCAGCACAAGACUUGAACCGAACUGAGAUCCUCAAACUCAUCCUCACCUGCUUCAGUCAGAGCAUUUAUCAGCCUUCUUCAGAUGGAACUGAGUCUCCAAAUCGCUGGAUUGCAGUGUUCACUUCAGCUGACAAUCGUCAUGCUUUACCUCUCUUCACGUCAUUGCUUAACAUUGUGUGCGGUUAUGAUCCAGUGGGUUUUGGUGUCCCUUAUAACCACUUGCUGUUCUCCGACACUCGAGAACCACUUGUGGAGGUGGCCCUGCAGAUUCUCAUUACAACUUUAGAUCAUGAUGUAACUGCUGCUUUGUCAGAGAUAGAGGAGGCAACAGUCCCGGAUAAUCUCUUCAUUAAUUACUUGAGUCGCAUUCAUCGUGAGGAAGAUUUCUCAUUUGUCCUGCGCGGUUUCACAAGGCUCCUGAACAACCCGCUUCAGCAAACAUAUCUUCCACAUUCCACUAAGAAAGUCAACUUCCACCAAGAGUUGCUGGUUUUCUUCUGGAAGUUCUGUGAUUAUAAUAAGAAAUUCCUAUUCUACGUACUAAAAAGUAGUGAUGUCCUAGAUAUUCUGGUUCCCAUACUAUAUCACCUUAAUGAUGCACGAGCAGACCAGUCAAGAGUGGGCCUGAUGCACAUUGGUGUAUUUAUUCUCCUCCUGCUUAGUGGAGAGAGGAACUUUGGUGUUCGCCUUAACAAACCUUAUACUGCAUCUAUGCCCAUGGAUAUACCAGUGUUUACAGGUACUCAUGCAGACCUUAUGAUCAUCGUCUUUCACAAGAUUAUAACUACAGGCCACCAACGUCUGCAGCCCCUCUUUGACUGCCUUCUGACCAUCCUAGUUAAUGUAUCACCAUACAUCAAGACAAUGUCAAUGGUGGCUGCCAAUAAGUUACUGCAUCUCCUGGAGGCUUUUUCUACCCCUUGGUUCCUCUUUUCUGCACCACAUCAUCACCAUCUGGUCUUCUUCCUCCUGGAAACAUUCAACAAUAUUAUCCAGUAUCAGUUUGAUGGUAACAGCAACCUGGUCUACACAAUCAUUAGGAAACGGCAGGUGUUCCACUCCCUUGCAAACCUUCCAACGGACUGUGGUAGCAUUAACAAAUCCCUCAAUAAGCGAGGGAAGAGACCACUUGUCCGACAGCACUCCUCAAAGUCCCACCAUGGCAGCCAGACUAUGGAAGGAGCUCAGCCUGCACAGCCAGCUCAGCCUGGUACUAAGACUGCCACCCUUGCAGCUAUGCCAGGAUUAGAGAAAAUGACAGAGAAAGAAUCCGCUCACCCAACCACACAGCAGCUAAACGAACUCACAACCUCAGCCACUGUUAAUGGGGAUUUGGUAGGGCCAGUGUCGCCCACAUCUCUUGUAGCUCCAGCAGCGAUUGGAGAAAGCAUUCCCCAAGAUGUGAGUGAUACAACUUCUUCCAUUCCAAAAGGCACAAGUAUUCAGCCACCAACAGAAGACCACAACUUGCCUGCUGUUGAUGAGCUCAAGAUUUCUGACAAGGAGGAGAGUGAGGUGGAAGGGGAGGAGAGUCUGUGCAGAUGGCCGGGGGAGGUUGAGGAGAUGGAAGGGGACACUAAGACUCUCCUCCUGACCGAUCUCCAGCCGGCUCCCCUCAGCCUCACAACAUCUAUGCCCAACCGACCUGAGAGCCCUGCCCUGUCGCUGAAGUCAGCCCUGUCCGACUCUUCUGGGCCCAGCACCAUGUCAGUGCCACAGUCGGAGUCAGCAGGUUCAGCAUUGGGAGGCUCGGCACAGCAGUGGCAGCCCAGCUCGGCCUGGGUGCUCAGCUGGAAGAAUAAGCUCCCCUUGCAGACCAUUAUGCGGUUGCUGCAAGUGCUUGUUCCGCAAGUGGAGAAAAUCUGCAUUGAUAAGGGAUUAACGGACGAAAGUGAGAUCCUACGUUUCCUGCAGCAUGGAACUCUAGUAGGCCUGUUGCCGGUUCCUCAUCCCAUUUUGAUUCGCAAAUACCAGGCCAAUGCUGGUACUGCUACCUGGUUCCGUACUUAUAUGUGGGGCAUCAUUUAUCUAAGAAAUGUUGAUCCUCCAAUAUGGUACGACACAGACGUGAAACUAUUUGAAAUUCAGCGGAUAUAAAGUAUCUUUAAUGUGGUCAACAAAGAAUAUAGAUUUGUCAUGAGAAGGUACUGGCCUGUGCUGAAUCUCAUGACAAAACUGAGUAAUGGAUGUUUUGAUAUUAUAUUCACUACCUGUAUAAGAGUUUCAAAGGAUUAAUAUUAUUUUGGACAGAAAAAUGAUGUGAUGGGUAAUGCAGUACAUAGAGUUUGUUUUUCCUUUUUAUCUGAUUUAAAUAGAAUUGAGGUUUGACAUUUAUUUGAUGUGCUUUUUUUUUUCAUUUCUCUUUUAGUUAUGAAAUUAAACUUGAUUGCAUUGUGUCUUUAGUUUUUUAAAGGAAUGUAAGAGGCCAGACAUUGUGAAAAAUAAUGCAUUUUUUUUUUGGAGUGAAAUGUUCCAAUGUGCUGAAGCUAGAUAUUUGUAGUAAAAGUGUCAGGUGGUGGUAUUAGUAGUCAUAGAAUUCCAACAUGUAUUGUGUUUGAUGUUUUGAGUGGCAAGAAUUAAAUGUGAAAAAAGGAAAAAAAUAAAUAAAAAA